AUGGCUGCCAACGAGAUUAUGACACCCACAGUCAAUGCGAAUUGUCAAUACUCGACCAGAUAUUGUUGGGAGGCGGAAAAAGUCAAAUCUCUGAUCAGACUCCGGGCGGAACUGUCGCCGCUUUUCACGGGCAAAAGGAAUGCCUCCAAAUAUGCCUGGGCCGUGGUGGAGCGGGAGCUCAAUGUGCCGUUGCCGCUGUCAAAGAUCAUCAAAAAGUGGAACAACCUGCUGCAGGAGUACAAGGCAAUCAAGAUGUCCGAGGAGCCCAAGAGGCGCGAGUGGCCCUUCUUCACCCUGAUGGAUGUGUAUUUCAGCGACCAGGUGAACGAUCCCUCGCUGCGUCUCUUUUCGUCCACAAAGACUCUCAAGGAGACCCUUGACGACAGUGUCUUCGAGGAUGAUCCAAUCAUUGCCUCGGCCAUCGCAGCAGCCACCAGCGGCGCCUACAUGGACAUGGACGAGCUGAUCCGCAGGCAGAAGGAGCGUGCCGCUUUGGCCGCAGAACGGAAGCUAGCCGCCGCCGCCAGCGGAGGCAGCGGUGACUACAAGUACGAUCUGAAGCCGAUGCUGUCCAACAGCAAGUUCAACAGCAACAGCGACAUGGGCAAGCUGUCCAAGAGCGUGGAUGAUCUGUCCAUGCAGCAGUACAAGAUCAAGCAGGAACUGUUGCGCCAGGAGCAGCAGGAGAAUAUGGUCAAGAUCAAGCAGCAUGCGCGCCAGCAGCAGCAACAGCAGCAGCAGCAGCACCAACAGGCCCAGCAGCACCAGCAGCGCUUCUUGGGCCACCAGCCGGCUCUCUCGCCGCAUCCGCAUUCGCAUCCGCACCGUCUUUCGUCCUCGUCGACGCCGCCGGGCUUGCAGCAUGCCCUCCAACAGCAGCAACAGCACAUGCUCCAGCAGCAGCAACACUUGCAGCAGCAUUUGCAACAACAGCAGCAGCAACAGCAACAGCAACAGCAGCAACAGCAGCAGCAACAGCAACAGCAACAGCAGCAUCAUCAUCAGCUCGCUCAUCCCCACCAACCGCCCACGCCGCGCCCCAGCUCUCCGCCCACAACGGCGCAACAGAUCCACAUCACGGCCACCCAGCACCAGGCCGCCCAGCAGCAGCUUCACCAGCAGCACCAGCAGCAGCCCCACAAGCAACAGCAGCCCUACACCGACCCCAACACGAUCGACCAGUACCUGCUGUCGUGGAACAACUUCCACGGCAACAUGUGCCGCGGCUUCCACUCCCUGCAGAAGGACGAGAAGAUGGUGGACGUGACCAUAGCAGCCGGUGGCAAGAUAUUCAAGGCCCACAAACUGGUUCUGUCCGUCUGCAGUCCCUACUUCCAGCAGAUAUUCCUGGAGAAUCCAUCGAGUCAUCCGAUCCUGCUGAUGGCCGAUGUGGAGGCCAGCCACAUGGCCGGCCUGCUGGACUUUAUGUACAGCGGCCAGGUGAACGUCAAGUACGAGGAUCUGCCCGUCUUCCUCAAGGUGGCCGAGGCCAUGAAGAUCAAGGGGCUGCACACAGAGAAGAACCUGGACAGCGAUGCCAGCGACAUUAGUUCGCCGCACGAGAGCGAUGGCACCGAGUGUCGCUAUGAGCGCGGAACGCACAGCGUCAACAUCACCAGUGGACAUGCCGCUGGCUAUGCAGGCGGACCACCUCCGCCACAGCCCUCGCCGUCGCCUUCCCUCAACGGGCCCAAUCGAUGCCCAACUCCUCUGUCCAGCGGAGGCGGUAGCGGCAACUAUGCCGGAUUCCGUGACCACAUCAAGUCGAAGGCCACACUGGCCGAGACCUUCAUGAAGAAUCUCAACAGGAACAACAACAACAACAGCAGCAGCAACAACUACAAUCAUCUAGGAAGCAAUACAAACGGACUCAACCUGUCGGAGGCGGAGAGCAACUCGUUCGCCAUCCUGCAGGCGAACAGCAAGAAGAUGCUGGACUCGGCCCGCAAGCAGCACAAGUAUCUGGCCAAGCGCAAGAUCCUGAUGCACUACAACACGGAUCUGGGCGGCGAGAAGCGGAUGAAGGAGAUGGAGCGAGAGCGAUAUCCGAGUGCCGAGCAGAACGACGACGCCCUGAACAACAACCACAGCCACGCCCAGGACAACAUUAUGGAGCCGAUUAUCACAACGAUUGUGCCGCAGACGCCGCCACCGCCGCCAAUGUCCACGCACAACAACAGCUUCAAGAUCCGCCUGGUGGAGAGCCAUCACCUGACCAACAGCAACGCCAACAGCAACUCGAACAACGGAGGCAGUGCCAGCGGCAGCAGUCCGCAUUCUGGUGGCCACAACAGCGGCAGCAGCAAUAACAACGAUGACGACGACGAGGAGGCACUUAAUCUGGUGCAGACCCCCAAUGCCAAUGGCAGCCGGGCCCGCCCCCAAAGUCCCACUGCUACACCCACACCCACUGCCACGCCCACACCCGCAACGCCCACUCCGACGCCGGACAUUCAGCUGAUCAAGCGCGAAGUGGAGCUCGAUCUGCCGGCGGAGAAUAACAAUGGGCAUGACGAGGAGCUGGCCGGGUACGAGAGGAAGUAUGACGACAACAAUAACAAUCGCGGCAUGGACACGGACAUGGAAACGGACUCGAACAACAACAACAGCAAGCCGGGCAGCGACGUUGAUGCCAGCAAUGGCCUGGCCUUGGCUCUGGGCAAGCACAAGUUGCUCAGUGCGAUCAAUCGGAGUCUGGAGCAGCAGCAGCAGCAGCAGCAACAGGAGCAGGAGCAGUCGCCGGCGGAGUCGGAUCACGGCGGCAACAACUGCAACAGCGACGACAACAACAACAAUCAUAGCCCCCAUCUGGACCUGAGCACCAUCAAGAACAUAGCCACGGCAGAGAUACUCUGCGGGCUAAAGAGCAAGGUCCUGAAGCUGGAGGAGGAGCAGCGGGAGCGGGAACGAGAGAGGGAACGGGAACGGGAGCGAGAAGCCUGCCGCAGCCUCAGCGAGAUCAAGAACGCCGAGUGA